GAAGAAUCAUUAACUAGGAGAAUAUGUCAAAUUUGAAAAUGAAAGAGGCAGCCCUUAUCUACCUUGACAGAAGUGGAGGCCUCCAAAAGUUUAUAGAUGAUUGCAAAUACUUCAAUGAUUCAAAACAAAGUUAUGCUGUCUAUCGAUUUAAUAUUUUAGUAAAUCCCUCUGAUAUUGUUGAAUUGGAUGCUGAACUUGGAAAUCAUAUUUUACACGAGCCUUUAAAAGCUGCUCAAGUUUUUCAAUCAGUCUGUUUUACUGCUGUUAAGACUCUCUCAUUAAUUGGACAAUUACAGACUGAAACUCAAAUUAAUAUAGUGCUGAAGUUAACACAUUUACCUUCUCUGCGAAGUUAUAUUCUUGAUCUUUGUGAGUUUCCACUUGAUUAUGCAUCUCAAAGAUUUUAUAUGAUGCAAGGAAUUGUGAUUGCAAUGACAACUGUAACCAAGUAUACACAAGGUGCAAGAUUUCUUUGUUCAGAUGAAGCAUGCCCUCUUUCAAAAGGAUUUCAGUAUAUAAGAGUGCAUGUGCCUGGUGCUACAGAAUCUGCAACAGUAAGAAAUGACUUUUUGUGUAAUCUAUGUUCAUCUUCACUUCAAGAAGACAGAAAAUUUAGAGUACUUGGUGAUAAACAGAUAGUUGAAAUAAUCACAGCAAAGGCACUUCAUGCUUUUCGAGGAUAUUCUAAGAACCAGCCAUUUAGGUUUCAGUCUCUUACAAUUUUUCUAAGAGAUGAAUCAGUGAGUAAAAUGAAUAUAGGAAAUGAGUAUAAAAUUAUUGGAAUUCCAACCUGUGUAAAAACUUCACAAACUGCUGUUUGUAUAGAGGCAAAUAGUAUCAUUUCUUGCAACCCAAAAGUUCCCUCAGGAAUUAGCGACAAUUUCAGGUAUCUUCUCUCUUUGACUUCCAGCUCAUGCUGGAAAUUUACAGCAAUACUUGCCAAUAUCUUUGCAUCACAAAUUGUUCCUCCUGGGACUUACAAUUUACUCAAGCUCUGUUUGCUGAUGAGUCUAGUACAGACAAGUGACCGUAACAAGGAACUGAAAGAUUGCCUGGAUAUUUUAAUUAUAACAAGUGAUACUCUACUUGUAGACAGGCUUUUGAAUUUUAGUAUAAACCUUGUGCCCCGUGGUAUACAUCAUCCGGUCUCUACUGAAAUUUUUCCUACUCUAUCCAGGAAUAAGUAUGGAACUGGAGCAGUUAGCAUUCAGGCUGGCAGUGCUUUGCUAGCUAAAGGUGGUAUCUGUUUUAUAGGAGACUUGGCUUCACACAAAAAGGAUAAACUAGAACAGCUUCAAUCAGUUGUGGAAAGCAGAAACAUCACAGUAUAUAUCCCAGGAAAGAAGUUUGGGGAUGGUGUUAAUCAACAAAUGACUUUUCCAGUUCAGUGCAGUUUUUGGUCUUUUGUUGAUAUGGAUUCAUCUUCAAGGAAAAAUAUGCAGAAAACAAACACUCUAAUUGGUCAGAUGGAUUGCAGUUUGAUUCCAGCAAAUCUCCUAGAGGCAUUUGGAUUAUUGAUUAAGUGCAAUGAAUCAUCUCCUUGCUCUCCACUUCUUUCCACUGUGCAACAUACUUUAAAGAAAGCCAUUGAUCCUGAAGGGCAGCUUUAUGUAGCUUCUAAGAAGUUCACAACUGAAGAUUUUGAAAAGCUGCUGGCUUUUGCGAAGAAUUUGAAUGUAGAAUUCAGUUUGGAGGCAGAAAGAAUGAUUCAUGGCUAUUAUCUAGCAAGUCGAAGGAUCAGAACAGAUUCUAUAAGUGGAUCAAAACUGUCAGCGUCUGCAUUAAAAUACUUAGUUUCCCUAGCUGAAGCCCAUGCUCGACUGAACUUAAGGAGUAAAGUGCUUAAAGAAGAUGCAUUGAUUGCAGCCUUAUUAUUUGAAACAUCUCUCACACUGAAAUAUGGGGCCGCUGUAUUUUGUGUUGCUCCAAAUGCAGUAUUUCCUUUUGAAUUGUAUAAUGAAGAGUAUUUAGAGCAAAGGGACAUCUAUCUGACUCAGUGCCAACAGCAGCUCCAACAGUUUAUUACCACAUAUGGACCUGGGACACCUCUUUUCACUAGCGAUGAAUAGC